AACCAAACAGGUUGGUCCUUUUCUGAAAGCAGAACUUGUCUCAGGCAAGAAAGAAAAUAAUCCACUGAAAGAUGGCCAAGAUCCUGUACGGAAUCAUUGCAGUGGUUGCAUCGCUUGUGCUGGCGGAGUCCCUGACGUGCAAUAAAUGUUCCUUCAGUCUGGCUGGGUUGUGUUUAGUCCCUUCUUCGGUGGACUGCGCGACUAACACCAGCGUUUGCUACACUGGAAAAGCAGCUUUCCCUGUACUGCCAUCCUUCACGGGCUUUGUCACGCGAGGCUGUAGAGAGUCCACCGGCUGCGACAUGACCUCCAAUGGCACUUUGCUUGGCGCGACCUAUCAGGUGACCCUCACCUGCUGCUCGACGGACAGGUGCAACAAUGGCGCUGCCACCACAAAGAUGACGCUUGGCGUCGUCAUGGGCGCAGCAGUCGUGGCCUCCAUGUGGAGCUCUAUGUUGUAAUGCAUCCAGUCCUUACUGCUGUCAGCUUCUCUACAAAUACAAGAAAAAGGGCACCAAAAUUUAGUCUGUCUGCAUUUUGAGACAAACAUAAGAUGUUAUAUACCCUGUUACAGUCAUUUGAUAAUUCAUCUGUUUGAGGGCUUUUUUCAUGUUGGGUUCUACUUUAUACGCAAUGAAGAUAAGUUGCACUAUUGAGUUUUGCAACAGCUUUCAGGGAAACACUCUGUUCAUAGGUUUUAUACCACUGUGUAUUUUACUGAUGUAAAUAAAAAUGUGCAAUCCUGUUUGAAC